AUGCUUCAAAUAAAGAGGAUUAAUUUUGUUGGUUUAAUAGAGACUAGAGUAAAGCAACAUCGGGCUAAAGGAAUUUUAGCAAAUAUCGCACCUGGCUGGGGUUAUCUGGACAACUACCAAUCUGCUGCUAAUGGGCGAAUAUGGAUAUUGUGGGAUACUAAUAAAUAUCAAAUCCAUAAACUUAGAGAAGAGGACCAGCUAAUACACUGUCAGGUGAAAGGGAUAAGAGAGGAUUUUGAAUGCUUGGUUACUAUUAUCUAUGGCUUUAACACAGGGGAACUCAGGAAAACAUUAUGGCAAUCACUCAGGGAUAUUGCACAGGGGAUCUCAACACCAUGGAUGAUAGCCGGUGAUUUUAAUGCCUUGCUAUAUGCACAGGAUAGGUUAUUGGGUAAUCCAGUUCAAUAUGCUGAAAUUAAGGACUUCUCCGGGUGCAUUACUGAUUUGUUACUAAAUGAACUACACUGGAGAGGAAGCUACUAUACAUGGUCAAAUAAACAACAAGGUGGUGACAGAAUUUGUAGUCGACUGGAUAGGGCAUUUGGUAAUCUUGAAUGGAUGAUGAAAUGGGGUCAUGUCAUGGUUGAAUAUGAGCUGCCCAAUAUUUCUGAUCACUCACCUAUGGUCAUGAUUAUACAAGCUACUCAGAACACUAUUAAGAUCCCCUUUAGGUUCUUUAAUGUGUGGGCUGAACACAAGCAAUUCCUUGCCAUCGUCGAAGCUGCCUGGUGCAAGAAAACUAAUGCCAACAAAAUGCGGAACAUCUGGGCAAAAUUAAAAGAUCUAAAGCCAAAACUAAAGCAGCUAAAUAAUGCAGAGUAUCGCAAUAUUACGCAGAUAUUGGAUAAGGCAAGAUUUGAUCUGAUCAACAUACAAAAGCAAAUCCAGCUAUGUUACACAGAUAGCCUCCAGAACCAGGAGAAAACAACGAUGCAAGAACUAGAGAAAUGGUCCUUGAUAGAGGAGAGUAUAAUGCGACAGAAAUCUCGGGCAAGAUGGAUCAAGUUGGGCGACGCUAACACCAAGUACUUCUCAGCAGUAUUGAAAGAGAGGACACAAAGGAAACAAAUUUCUGAACUUACGUCUAUCACUGGUGUACGCCUAGUAGAGCAAGAGGCUAUCAAAAAUGAAAUUACUGGUUUUUAUAGGAAUCUUAUGGGUACUUUACAAGACUGCCUUACCAGCCAUAAACACGCAAGUCACGAAGAGAGGACCGAUCUUAAAUCGUAA